CCCUUUAAAGUCACACACACACACUUUUGUUAAUAUUCAGCCGCGUGAGAAGUGUCGAACCGCUGUUGCAAAAAUCGAAAUUAAAUUAAUUAAUUGAAAAAGGAAUAUAGAUUUUAAUUCGAUAAAAUGCAACCUCAAAUUGUUUUAUUGAAGGAAGGUACCGAUACCUCACAGGGCAAACCCCAGUUGGUGUCCAACAUUAAUGCCUGUCAAUCGAUAGUGGAUGCUGUGCGUACCACACUGGGUCCCCGCGGCAUGGACAAACUUAUUGUUGAUGGCCAUGGUAAAGCUACCAUUUCUAAUGAUGGCGCCACCAUCAUGAAGUUAUUGGAUAUUGUCCAUCCAGCCGCUAAGACUUUGGUUGAUAUCGCCAAGUCCCAAGAUGCGGAGGUUGGUGAUGGCACUACCUCGGUGGUUCUCUUGGCCGGUGAAAUCUUGAAACAAGUCAAGCCUUUCAUUGAAGAGGGUGUCCAUCCUCGCAUUGUAAUCAAAGCCAUACGCAAAGCUUUACAAUUGUGCAUGGACAAAAUCAACGAAAUGGCAGUGCGGAUUGAAAAACAAUCCAAGGAACAACAAAGAGCCUUAUUGCAAAAGUGUGCCGCAACUGCAAUGUCUUCCAAAUUGAUCCAUCAACAAAAGGAUUUCUUCUCGAAGAUGGUUGUUGAGGCCGUUCUCACUUUGGACGAUUUGCUACCCUUGAAUAUGAUUGGCAUCAAGAAGAUUACUGGAGGUUCAUUGGAAGAAUCUCAGCUGGUUUCAGGUGUGGCCUUCAAGAAAACAUUUUCCUAUGCUGGAUUCGAAAUGGCCCCAAAAUCUUAUAAGAACUGUAAAAUUGCAUUGCUCAAUAUUGAAUUGGAAUUGAAGGCUGAACGUGACAACGCAGAAAUUCGUGUUGACAAUGUUAAGGAAUACCAGAAAAUAGUUGAUGCUGAAUGGCAAAUUCUCUACAACAAAUUGGCUAAAAUUCAUGAAUCAGGAGCCAAUGUUGUGCUAUCCAAAUUGCCAAUUGGUGAUGUGGCCACUCAAUAUUUUGCCGAUCGUAAUAUGUUCUGCGCUGGUCGUGUGCCCGAAGAAGAUCUCAAACGUACAAUGAAGUCGUGUGGCGGAGCUGUCAUGACCACUGCCAAUGACAUCAAGCCCAGUGUUUUGGGCCAUUGUGAUGAUUUUGAAGAAAUUCAAAUCGGUGGAGAAAGAUUCAAUGUUUUCAAAGGCUGCCCCAAUGCUACAACCUGUACCAUUAUUUUACGUGGAGGCGCCGAACAAUUUUUGGAAGAAACUGAACGUUCCUUACACGAUGCUAUCAUGAUUGUGCGUCGUACAAUUAAGCAUGAUUCCGUAGUUGCUGGUGGCGGCGCUAUUGAAAUGGAGUUGUCCAAAAUUCUGAGAGACUACUCUCGCACAAUUGCUGGCAAAGAACAGUUGUUGAUUGCUGCAAUUGCAAAAGGCUUGGAAAUUAUCCCGCGUCAAUUGUGCGACAAUGCUGGUUUCGAUGCCACAAAUAUUUUGAAUAAGCUUCGACAAAAGCAUGCUCAAGGCGGCCAAUGGUAUGGUGUUGAUAUCACUAAAGAAGAUAUCGCAGACAACUUCCAGGAAUGCGUUUGGGAACCCUCAAUAAUUAAAAUCAAUGCUCUUACAGCAGCCGCGGAGGCUGCCAUCAUGAUUCUAUCUGUCGACGAGACCAUUAAGAGCCCCAAGUCAGGAGGAGAUGGUCCCAUGGCGGGUGCACCCAUGGGUCGUGGCAUGGGUAGACCCAUGUAAAACACUUCGUAUUUACACUAUUUACUAAUUCGUAUUCAUUUUAUUUAACCUUUAAUUAAUUGUAUGUCAUCCACUUCGCCCAACUCACAACACAAUCUCUCGCUAAACGUUCAAUUUAAUCACCCAUCCCAAAAGCAUUUACCAAUUGUUUAACAACGCUUAAAAAGAACAACUGAAGGAAAAUAUAUAAUAAAAAAAGAGAAUUUGUUAUGAAAA